AUGUUCUCUUAUUAUUAUUAUUAUUAUUAUUAUUUUGUUCUACUAUUUAUCUUUCAAUUAUCAAUAAUUCCUAGUCGACAACAACAUCAACAAUUAGUUGACGAUUGUAAUAUGAAUAUGGUUCAUGUAUGUAAAUGUAUAAAUUUUCCGCUAUUUACACUAUACGAUCAAUCGUAUAUGACAAAACCAAAAUCGCUCAAUCAAGAUUUAUAUUGUAUUGGUAAUGAAACUGAUAGUUCAAUAUUUAAUCAAUUAAGAUAUUUAUAUUAUCGUUUUCGUACAAUAACAUUAACAAAUUAUAAAUUGAUACCAACAAAAGCAUUUCAAUUUGUUAGAUUUGAUACACAGAGUGUUACACAAACAUAUAAAAGAAAUAAUAAAAAUUAUAUAGCACUGAUCAAUAUUGAAGAAACGCAACAAGCCAUGUUUGAUGAAAUAAAUUUAAAAGAUGCCUAUGAUCAAUUAAUCAUUUUAUUUAUUAAUUCACCAAAUAUGAUCUAUAUGGAUUUUGGAUUAAAAAAUCUUUACUGUUAUGAAUUAAAAUUAAUUAAUACAAAUCCAUUAAUUCCUAUAAAAUUUUUUAUUAAUUCAUCUAUUCAACAUUUAAUUAUUCAAAAUAAUCAAUUUAAAGGAUUUAUAUUUGAUUCUAAUAAUUUUAAAAAUGAUAUUAAAAUAUUAAUAUUAACAUUAAAUGGAUUAGCUGUACGUCAUUUAAAUGGAAAACAUUUUCCUAUUAUUGAUUCAUUAAAUGAAUUAAUUAUAAAUAGUCAAAUAUUAUUAACAUUAAAUAGUUAUCAAUUAUCAAAAAAAUUUCCUAAUUUAAAAUCAUUUACAUUAUUUAGUCAAUCAAUUCAACAUAUAACAUCAAAAAUGUUUAAAUCAUUUUAUACAUUAGAAAAAUUAAUAUUAAAUGGUAUAACAACAAUUGAAAAUGAAGGUUUAUUUAAUUUAAAAAAUUUAAAAGAAUUAAAUUUAGGUUCAAAUAUUUUACGUUUAGAUCCAUUUGCAUUUUAUCAAUUAGGUAAUGAUCAAACAUUUUUAUUAUU